UCCAAAAGCAUCCGCAUGGAUCGACUUCUGCACCAAAAAGUAAAAUGAUAGAACUGGUGAAAGUACAAAACUUGUUGUUGAAUGCUGUCAAAUUUGUUGAGAAGAGGAGAAGAGAAUUUCAUCUCCCAGUAAUACAAUCAGAAGAAUUUACAGAGAAUUUAAAGAUACUGAAUCAAGAAAAAGAUGGAUGUAUACUGUUUACCUGGGAUGAUGUGUCUGAGAAAACUGAUGUAGACAUUGUUACACACAUUGGAAUGUACGAUCCAGCUAAACAGUCAUACCAGUUAUUGUAUACAUACACUCAAAGAAUAAAAGUAGUUUCCUGUUCUGUAAAUGAAGGCAGAUCAUUAAUUGCAUUUUCUGUGGUAACCAAGGACACAAGUGCCUCAGGACAGAAACAUGGAAAAGAAACAUACAGUGCAUAUUUAGCAGAAAUUCGAGCAGCAAAUAGCAGAGUGUUUUCUCUCAACUUAGAACGUCCACACUUCCUAAAGAUUCAGUUUCUGUAUUUAAGUCAACCAUCAGCCAAGGAAUGUCAUAUGAUUGUCAUGUUACACAAGGAAUCUAUUGGUUUAUACACAAUACCACUAGGUAGAGUUGGUGACAGAGGAGUUGUUAUGAGUAAACAACCUGAAACUAGACCAAUAAUUAAGAAGUUUGUAUGGUGUCAGUGGGACUGUCAGCACCAACAGUUGUAUUACAUACACUACCGCAAUCCAGGGGCCAGAGACCAAAACAAGGACCACCAUGUACCAAUGAUGUCAGCUAUACAGUUCUAUCAGUCAGCACAAUAUGAAAAUAUUUUUGAUGUGUUGAUAUCAUUUCCAUUUCCUCAUGUAAAAACCAGUAUGAGGUCUUUUUACAAUUCAUCUAUCCUUGAUAAUGGAAUUUCAGAUCAAUUUCUUAAUUUAGCUGUUUUGACACAAAACAAUGGAACGCUUUGUAUCUGUUGUCAACAAAUGGACACACCAUAUAACAGGGAGAGAUCUGUUUCCAGAAUGAGGUCCAGAACAUCACCUGUAUUUGAUAGGUCAAGGACAUCCCCAGCUAUUGACAGGUCAAGAACUUCACCUGGCUUAGACAGAUCAAGGACAUCACCCUCAGUUGAAAGACCAAAGUCAUUGUCAGAGCAGUCAGACUCAUCAUCUAUUGGGAUGUCAAGGACAUCACCAGAGGAUAAUAACCAGAAUAAUCAAGCAUGGUUGACAUCCAGUGGAAAUUUUAAUUUAUCUAGUGUAUCAGAGUCUGAGGAUGAAGUAACAGAGAUCAACUACUAUAUCAGCAUGGUGCAUCAUGCUAAGGUUCUCCAUGGAUGUGUAUCAGGUGUGCCAUUCUCAAGGAGACACAGACUUCACUUUUCCUGGCAUGGAGACUAUUUAAUGGUAUUACUUCCUGGUUACUUUAUCCACAUGUUAAAUGUUAGUAUUGAGUUUGAACCUUGUCAUCACAUUUUACUACAUGAUAAAAUUGUCAACAUCCAAUCUACUAUUACAAAUGAGGAUGAUUCUACUGGGACUCUCCCAAAGAAUAUAGUGGUAACCAGUACUGAUGUUAUACCUGUAUUAUCUCCCCUGGCAAAAGAUACAUUCCACCUGUCAUCAUCCUGUCUCUAUGAUGUACUGAGAGAGACACCUACAGUUGGCUGUUUGUUUGACUACAGAACAGGUCUGGUUUGGAAAGUAGAGACCAAUAAAGACUCUUUAGUUAAUAUGUUCUCUGCUUGUUAUAUGCCAACUACAAGAUCAGCAUUACUUCACUUUGUCUUACUUAGAAUGAGAGAUUUCUGGCUUGUUAAAAGGUUGUUUGAGAUGCUAAGUAAUGACAUUCCAAGCAGGGAAGUUCCCGUCUUAAUGUCUGAAUUUUUAACAGGAACUACAUACUCCAAUAUGAGAAGACAAACAGAUAGAGAAAUACUUAAACAGUUUCCAUUUUCUAUGGCUGAAACAUUUAGAGGUCAAAUUGAAAAGACAGAAGAUGGAGAAAGGUUGGCCAGGUUAUCAUACUCAACAUUACAAAGUAUAAAUAUAAUUACUAAAACAGCUAAAGAAAGACAGAAAAAACCAGGCGGAGCUGAUGAAGACUUGUGGGACACACUCAGAAGGCAUUUACGACUGAAACAAAUUGAGAGUGGAAAUAGAUUUUCUCAAAAAGUUGUUCAAAAGGCUUUUAUGAAGAAGAAAAGAGACAUUGAAAUGGGCCAAACAGAAACUCUCAAUAAAAGUUCAGAUGAUCAUAUAGGUUUUCUUACCAGUUUCCAUUCAAAUUUAGGAAGAUCAGAAUCACCUGCACCUGUGUCCAGUUUAUUCAGUGGCAGUGCACAGGUCAGGCCAGACACAGUAUUAGGGUUAGCACCACCAUUCCUGCAGGGCAAUACUAUAUCUACAGACUCUGAAAAACUAAUAACACUGACAAAAGAACUGUUAGCUCAACACUUAGGAAAAUAUCUAAGAAAAGAUGCAAAAACUAAAGCACAGAAUGUAGCCAAGGAAUAUGUUAGUUGCCAGGUACAACAAUCAAGACAACUGUGUCAUCUGUUAUGGAAUCUAAGGGGACCACUUCUACCAUACACUGAUUUGGAUUAUUUACCACAUUUGACAGAUCCGACCUCUGAGGACGAGUAUGAAUUAUUUCAAAUGUUUGAGAGAUAUCAAAGAGUUUGUAAUGAGAUGGCCUUCCCUUUACCAGGAGGGUUUGCUUCAUAUUUUGCUGCUCUAGGAUUUAGAAAUUUAGCAAAACAUUUGUUUUUACAGUAUGUGGAUUAUGGUGUUAUUCAGCUAACUGGAGAAUUUUUAGCAAGGGUGUUAGCAGACAUAAAAGACACAGAAGAAGGUGUAACGACAAAACAUCAGUUAAUAUCUAGAUUACCAAAGAGUUUUAUGGAGGAGUGUUAUAGACAGUGGAAUCAUCCUACCUGCCAGCAUUACUUGGCCUGUAAACAGGUGGCUUCUAGGUUGACAGAAUCUCACCUGCAAGGAAACAAAGAGACAUUUGGAAUGCUAGACCAGGAUUUGUUCAGGAGAAACAGAGCUGAAAGUGAUACAUCUAGAAUUGAUGUUGUGUCCUUCGCACCUCUUACAUCCUUUUUGCAUAUGUUGGAAAAAAUUGAUGCUGACACCAAGAAGAAAAAUCAGGGUAAUUUGCCUACUCGACAAAGUCCUUUAGACGCUCAUUUUCUACAAGAGGUAGCAUUAUAUCACACCCGUACAAAAACUAAUUAUGAUAUGAGUACUACUAACUUUUAAUUCUUCUUAAA